AUGACGGUAAUAAUGGGGAUGGACGGUCGCCGCGCCCGACUCCAUCAGUUGGCCGCCGAAUGGGGGGUCCGCCACACCGCACCGGUGGCCCCGCCCACUCCGGGCCCGCAACCCCGGACACAAAACGACGAGUUCCACGCCGAGGAGCUGCUCAAAAGGCGGCGCAUGUCGUCCGGCCAGGACAAACAAUCGCAGGGCACCAUCAAACGGGCUUUCAGUUCUCAUAAGAAAACAUGGGAACCCAACGAGGUCUUCGAGGCCCUCAACGCCCAUGUGGCCAACGGCGGAGCUCCGGGUGUCGCUGAUGCCCUCAUUGCGAAGUUGUUGUCUGCCGGCGGCAACCUGAACGUGGCAAACGUUAAGAAUAAGACCAACUUACUCACAAGGCGGAGGAGUAUCGAGUCCAUGGAACGGAGCAGGGUGCUGCAAAAGGCCAUCGAGAACCGCCAAACCGACAUGGUUGCCGUCCUCGCCCAACACGCAGACCCCUUGACCCUAGACCAGGCAUUGCCGAUGGCGAUGCGGUCCGGCGACCUUGCCAUGGUUCACCUUCUGCUUAGCCGGGGCGCCAAUGCCUCGCAAACACAAGAUGCCCAGGACGCUUUCCGCCAAAUGUGCAUCAUGGGCGGGUACUCGGAGCUGGUGGGGCUCGUCCUCCACUCCGAAGGGCGUCCGCCCCCGAGCUGGCUUUCCAUGUCCAUGGUUGAUGCUUCCCGGAAGGGAUGUCUUCACACGGUCUUGAGACUCAGUCGGUCCGCCGCCGAUGGUGAAUACAACAAAGCCGAAGCUCUUAAGACAGCCAUCGCCCAGUGCAGGGUAGACCUCGCGCUUGCGAUCCUCACGGGUGCGAAACCCCCGACGACUGGAGGACAGGGUGUCCUGGAGAGCUUCGCACAGCUUGUCGAACAUACCACCAUCGGCCCGAACGAAAAGAUGGUCCUGGCCGAGGCGUUACUGUGUGCCGGAGCUUCGGGGGACGUUGUUUCGGCCGCACUUUCGCAGGCCUGCGACAACGAGUUUUACGACAUGGUCAACUUACUCGUCUCAUACGGAGCUUCGGUGGAGUACCGAAAUGCCAGCAUCAUCCGAAAUGUCGUCGCCAAGGGGCAAAGCAGCCUCGUGCAGUUAUUGCUAUGUGAGCCGGCGACACUCAGUCCCAUCUACGCCUCGGAAUGCGUCACGAGCCUCCCUAAAACAAUACCAGCAGAGGAUCGCCACGCUGUGCUCAGCAUCCUUUUACGUAAAGGUGCUGGAGGAAUCCCUUUACAUGACGCUUUGAUAGAUGCUGUUCAGGCAGGUGACCUACAAUCCGCGCAACUCUUAACAACCCCUUCUUUUCCGCGGGGUCCACCCGUAACCAACAACGGCCGCCGCACCAGCUCUCCUGGAAUCACCAACGUCAGGCACGAAAUGGCUUCGGUAGACCACAAGGACGGUCUAGCCCUGAGCACCGCCGUGCAAGCGGCAAACCUCCCGAUGGUGAAACAGCUUUUGGCUGGCAAACCAUCUACACAGACUCUCGACCAAGUGUUCCCCUCGGUUCUCGGUAUCGAAUCCGCCACCCGUUACCACACGGUCGAAUGCUUCCUCGCCGCUGGAAUCUCCAGAGCAUGCAUCUCGGCCGCCUUGCAGCAGGCCGUAGAGGAACAGCCUCCUCGCAGGGACGAGAAGCUGAUUGGCAUACUGUUGCGACAUAAUGCCGAUGUGAACUUUAACGACGGAGCCGGAAUUCUGUCUGCAGUCACGAUCCGAGAUCUACCUAUGCUGGACACUCUGCUCAGGAGCAAACCCUCCCCCCAAACCAUGGCCGCCGCGUUGACCCGGGCCAUGGCAGAAGACGACAAGCCGAUCCGGUACGAGAUGGUGCGGUUGCUAAUGGCCGCCGGUGCCGGCCGAGAUGGCACCGAGGCAUCCGAGGCGCUGGCACAAUUGUUGCCCGUAAAACCAACAGAUAUCCAAUUAGCUGCGCUACUUCUAGAACAGGGCCGGGCAGACCCCAAUUUUGACCAAGGGCUGCCCGUGGCCAUAGCCGUGGCCGACCCCGACCCAGCCCUACUCGAACUCAUCCUCCAACACGGCCGCCCCAACCACGACACCGUCUACCGCGGCCUCGACACCCUCUCCAGCCUCCCCACAACCCCGACCAAACUCCCCAAACUCACCGCCCUCCUCCGCCACAACCCCUCCCCCGAAAUCCUCAACGCAAUCCUCUUCAAAGAAGUCCAAACCCUCCUCACCCUCCCCUCCACCACCACCAACCGCACCCUCACCACCCUCACCGCGCUGCUCACCGCCGGCGCCGACCUCAACGCCCACAAAGCCGCCGCCCUCAGCUGCGCCAUCAAGGCCGCCGACGCGCCCAUCACCGACCUGCUCUUCAACCACGCCGUCCCGGCCCCGGCCUCCCUCGCCGCCGCCCUCCCGCACUCCCUCAACAUCCCCGACCCCAUGGACCGCCUCGCCUUCACCCACCGCCUCGUCGCCGCCGGCGCCCCCGCCGCCGAGGCCGCCCGCGCCCUGGUCUACGCCGUCACUGCACACCCGGCGGAUAUGCCGCUGUUGGCGCUGCUGGCGGCACAUGCGGAGCCGGGCGGGGGGGAGGCGCUGGUGGUGGCGGUGAAGAAUGCGAAUGUGGAGGCCGUCGGGGUGGUGUUGGAGAAGGGUGGGGGGCGGUAUAAGGUGGGGGUGUUGGGGGAGGUGUUUCGGGAGGGGAUGCUGGUGCCGGAUCGGGGGCGGCGCGUGGGGAUUUGUAGGGCGUUGUUGAAGAGGGGGGUGGCUGGGUUGGUGGUGGCGGACGCGCUGCUGGCGGCGGCGAGGGAUGGGGAUUUGGAGCUCGGGGCCGUGUUGAUGGAGUAUGGGGCGAGUGUGGAGCAUUUGGAGGGGCAGGCUGUUGUUGAGGCUUGCGGGGCCGGGUCGGUGGAAGUUUUGGGGAUGUUGUUGGGGAGUAAGGCUGAGGUGAAGAUGCCGACAUUGGUGAAGGGGUUCCAGGCGGCUACGCAGGUUGGGGAUCUUGGCAAGAGAGCCGAGGUUUUCCGGCUGCUGCUGGACAAGGGGGUGUCUGGGGAAGUUGUGGAUGCGCAGUUGGUGUCUGCGGCGAAGUUUGGAGAGGAUGGCGAGAAGCUCGUCCGGUUGUUGCUUGAGUUUGGCGCUAGCGUCGACUACAAUGCUGGCGAGGCCAUCUGGAAUGCGACGCGUAGCGCCAUAAUGGGGAGCCUCAAACUGAUGCUUGGCGUGGAGACGACGGGUAACCGACAGACGUUGCCAUCACAACCGACGCUGCUCCGGGCUCUUAAGGCAAGCAAGAAACUCGGCAGGGAUCCGCGAUAUCAGGUCAUCGAGUGGCUGUUCGAAGCGGGGUUGUUGCCGUGUGAGGAGAUCAAUAUUGCGUUGAACAGGGCUGUCAAAGAUGAGCCCGACCCCAGGCUAGUCCAGCUGCUCCUCAGCCACGGGGCAUCACCGCUGGUUAACGGCUGUGAGACUCUCACAGAUGCUGCUUCGUUGCUGUUAGCCGACAUCCUAGCCAUAUUGCUGGAGGCCGACAUCCCGUCAAAGGAUGUGUCAUGGGCCUUCCAGCAAGCCUUUACGCCGGAAACCGCUUCAACAUGGCUUACGGAGAAGGGUUUCGAGGUUGCAAAGAUGCUGCUAGAGAAAGGCGCAGAAGGGGAGAGCCUAGCUCUCGCUCUCAGCGCCGCCAUCAAUGCCUACGGGUCGGACAUCGACGACACAGCCCGCAAAUUUGGUACGGUUCUCCUUCAGGGCAAUGUCGAUGUCAACCACGAAAAUGGUUUGGUCCUCCAGAAGGCGGCUCGGAGGGCGGAUUCGGAACUCAUCUUGCAGGUUUUGGAGCGAAAGCCAGACUCCAACGCGGUGUCCAUGGCAUUCCCGUACGUCUUUGACGCGGACCUAUCGGAAGCGGACUGCCUCUAUCUCGUGGAGCAGUUCAUCGACUAUCACCACGGAGGGGAAAGGCUCGAUGUGAUGUUUGCCCACGCUGAGUCGGAGCCGGUGGUGUUCCGGGCACUCGGCAAAUUCCCGCGUUCGGUCAAGAUCCUGCAGGCACUCCUCAACGCCGGCUACUACCACGACCAGACAACCGUGGUCCGAGUUAUGGAUGACGCUGAAGAGGAGCAAGUCAGUCUCGUGUUUUGGGCGCUCCUUCAACCACAGAAGCGAGUCAGCAGCGCGGUCAUCGAGCUCCUUGUUGACUGCGGUGCCAAAGUCAACUUCGAGACUUCAGUGUCCAAAACUACACCGCUCAUGUUGGCUAUCCAGAACCGUCGGCAUGACUUGGUGAAGACGCUCAUCCUAGCCGGGGCUGAGGUCGAUGUGGCAGACGCCACCGGCAACACACCCAUGACGAUGGCAACGCAGAUUGGAGGAGACCUCAGCACUUCGCUGAUGUCAAGCAUCCUUGCCGCCGACCCGUCCAUUAAUGAUGGCUCUUUGCACAACGCGGCCAGAGACCUCAAUCUUAAAGCCAUGCAAGUUCUCGUCGAAUAUGGCCACGACGUAGACUUCCCCAGCACGUUGCACGGCGGCCGCAGCGCGCUCGGCGAGCUUUGCCUGAACGCCGCCCACGCCGGCCCACUUACCGCUGCGCAGGAGAAACAGAUGGACAAGGCCAUGGCCUUCCUGAUAAACCAAGGGUCGGACCUUACCAUCCAAUCACACGGCAAAUCCGUUCUCCUUCUUGCGCUCAACUCUGCCGACCCCAUCCCCACCACCCGGGCGCUCCUCAAAGUCGGCCUCUGGAAGCACACCAACAAGAGCUACAACCACUACAGCGACGGCACUUACACGUAUUCCGCAACACAAUACAUCACCCGUGUUCUCCCCUGCUCCGACGACCUUCGUCCCCAACUCCUCGAACUCCUCAAAUCCAACCGCGCCAUAGACGUCUACUACGCCAACGACGGUCCGCAGCCCCAAGAUGCAGUCAACCUCCCACCCGAACUCCUCCGGGCCGAGCGCGAACGCCGCGCGCGAGAAGAGCGCAUCGCCAAGGAAAGCGAGGAGCACGCCAUCGCGCUGGCCAGGACGAAGGAGAUCGCCCAGAUCCACAACCAGAUCUUCGUGCAGCGCGCCCAACUGGAAGACUCCCGGGCCCGCAAGAAGCAGGACGACGAGAUGGCCGCGCUGGGCGAGCGGCAGGCAGCGGAGGAAGCGUCCUUUGCAGCCGAGCUCCGGCGUCGCAAGGCCGCCCGCGAGGCGGCCAUCACCCACGAGCAGCGCCUCACCGAGGCGGGCCUGAUGCGCGCCCGGGUGGUGGCGGAGGCGGAGCUGGAGAUGGAGGGCAAGAAGCAGGAGAGGAUGAUCAAGUGGGAGAGCAACAUGUCCCGGCAGCGGGAGAAUGACGCCAAGGCGUUGAGCGGGGUCCGGAUUAGGGAGCGGGAGGCGCUCGACAGGUUGGAGGCGGCCUCUGAUUCCAGGACGGUCAAGAGGAUCGCGGAGCACAAGAAGUUGGUUGAGGGCCAGACUGCGCUGGCGGCGAGGCUGGCGAACGGGCCUGGGGGGUUGGACAGGAGGCAGAUUGGGUAUGUGACCGGGGAGCUGGAUUAG